AUGCCGCCGCACAGCUUAGCCAAAACUUCCUGGACUUGUGAAGAGAAGACGGUAGAGGAAUACACACUUUCUUUUGAAUUUUUACAACAAAUAUUUGCUCUAGUUUUGAAGCCUCGGGCUGCUGGGUGUGUGAGUGACAAGUCUUUUACAAGUGGCCUUAUUCCAACUCCAGAGAUUCCUCAAGCAGAUUCUAAUUUUAUAUACAGUCCUCAGGAGACAGGAAACAUGCCAACCCAAUCCCUCUUGGUGUAUAUGGAUGGACCGGAAGUUAUCGGCAAUUCCCUUGGCACCCAGAUGGAGCUCGAUGACGCCAUGACGAUCAAAGGGGCCGCUGCGGUCCCCUUCCGACCCACGCCGGAGAAGAGCAUCAUCCAGAUGGAGGGGUGCAUGCCCCUGGACUGCAUGUUCUGCAGUCAGACCUUCACGCGCUCCGAGGACCUCAGCAAACACGUCCUCCUGCAGCACCGGCCCACCCUCUGUGAGCCCGCCGUCCUGCGCGUGGAAGCGGAGUACCUCAGUCCUCUGGAUAAAGUUCAGGUGCGCGGCGAGCCUCCCAAGGACAAGAGCUGCAAGGAGAACGAAGAGCUGAGCUGUGAAGUGUGCGGGCAGACCUUCCGCGUGGCUUUCGACGUCGAGAUCCACAUGAAGAAACACAAGGACUCGUUCACGUACGGGUGUCACAUGUGCGGCCGGCGGUUCAAGGAGCCCUGGUUUCUGAAGAAUCACAUGCGGACGCACACGGGCAAGUCGGGGGCGAAGAGCAGGCCGCAGCCCGGCCUGGACAGCCCGGCGACCAUCAACGAGGUGGUGCAGGAGCCCGCGGCCGAGGGCGUCUCCUCGCCGUACAAGAUCUGCAUGGUCUGCGGCUUUCUCUUUCCAAAUAAGGAAAGUCUCAUUGAUCACCGGAAGAUGCACACCAAAGAAGCUGCUUCCGGGCCCCGCGGCCCGCAGACCGAAGCCCCGCUGGAAGGCGCGCCGUCGCCGGGGGCGGAGCUGCUGCAGUUCCUGAACCUGAGACCCGCGUCCCCCGCCGAGGUCGCCAAGAAGCCAGCCAAGUGGAUACCUCAGCUGGACCCGUUCACCACCUACCAGGCCUGGCAGCUGGCUACCAAGGGCAAGGUGGCCGUGUGCCGAGAGGUGAAGGAGCAGCAGCCGGGCCAGGAGGGCAGCACGGACAACGACGAGUCGUGCUCCGACAAGGAGGAGCCGGGGGAGAUCUGGGGCGCCCGCAGGAGCCAGCCCGAAGGCUCCGGGAAGCCCAGGACGAGUAAGGGCGGUUGCCCCGGCCUCUCCCAAGACAAGGAGAAGUCCAGACACCCCCACGGCGAAGUGCCUUCCGUGGACGCGGACCCCAGGUUGGGCAGCAGUAAGGAGAAGCCGACGCACUGCGCCGAGUGCGGCAAAGCCUUCCGGACCUACCACCAGCUGGUGCUGCACUCGCGCGUGCACAAGAAGGAGCGCAGGGCCGACGCCGGCUCGCCCCCCGCCGCCGACGGCAGGCAGCCCAGGACGUGCUCCCCGGAGCUGCCGCCCGCCCUGGAGGACAGCGGGGCCCUGGACCGGGAGGCUGGCUCUGAGGACGGCUCCGAAGACGGGCUCCCGGACGGGCUCCACCUGGAUAAAAAUGAUGAUGGAGGGAAAAUGAAGCAUCUUACAUCCUCAAGAGAAUGUAGUUAUUGUGGAAAGUUUUUCCGUUCAAAUUAUUACCUCAAUAUUCAUCUCAGAACGCAUACAGGUGAAAAACCAUACAAAUGUGAAUUCUGUGACUAUGCUGCAGCGCAGAAGACCUCCUUGCGGUAUCACCUGGAGAGACAUCACAAGGACAAGCAGACGGACGCUGCUGCAGACGGCAAGAGCGACGGGAGACCCCAGGAGGCCGAGGAUGCACUCCUAACUGCAGACAGCGCACAAACCAAAAAUUUGAAGAGAUGUUUCGACGGUGCCAAAGAUGUUAAAGGCAGCCCACCCGCAAAGCAACUGAAGGGAAUGGCCCCCGCUUCUCAGAGCGUCCUGGGCGGCGCGGUGCUCGCGCCAGUGCACAGGGAAACUCAGGAUUUCAGCAAGGAUGCAGCGGAUGACGGUGCCGAGAAGCCGAGCAAGGCCCCCGGCCCCGCUUGCUUGGACGCCUUGAAGAAGAGGCCGCCUGCGGACCCUCAGGCCAGCCCCCUGGUGUGCAGGACAGAGGCGGCCGAGGCGGCCCGCCAUGCGCAGCUCGGGCCCCGGGAGGCGCGGGCGGACGUGGGCUGCCAGGAGAAGCCCCUGAACCUGUCCCUCGGCGCCCCGCACGGGGGCGCGGGGGUGCCGCUGGGCAGGAGCGUGACCGCCAGCAGCACCUGCCCGUUCUGCACCUUCAAGACCUUCUACCCGGAGGUGCUCACGAUGCACCAGAAGCUGGAGCACAAGUACCACCCCGACGCGCACAAGAGCUGCCGGGGCAGGGCUGUGCUUCGCAGCCGGCGGACCGGCUGCCCGCCGUUCCUGCUGGGCAAGGACGUGCCCCCGCUGCCCGGCGCCUUCAGGCCUAAGCCGCGGCCGGUCGCCCCGGCACAGCCCAAGCCCGCGCCGGCUGAGCGACCUGCGUCCGGUGCCCAGGGGUCCGGCAGAGCUCCGCCGCCUGCGGGCGCCGACGCCAGCACUUUAGCCCCCAGCAACCUCAAGGCGCUGAACGCCCGGCCACCGCCAGGCCUCGGGGUCCCGGGGCCCGGCCCCGCCCGCACACCGCCCGAAGCGCCGCCCUGCAAGGCGGGCCCAGAGAAGACGCGUCGGACGGAGCCGCAGCCCCCCGCCGACGCUGCCAGGAGCGACCACGCUGCCAGGAGUGACGGCCCUUGGGCGCCCGCGCGGGACUACGCAUGCGGUCGCAGCGGCGCUGAGCCGGGGGAGCCGCUGCCCAAGCGGCCGCGAGUCGCGCCCGAGCCGCCCUGCGCGCCGUGCCGCCGGCCGCCCGAGCUGCCGCAGUACCGCGUGGUGCGCGGGCUGGCG